AUGGUCAGUAGCCCGUCCUUUGAUUUGCGCCGACCCCGUCUAGUCGAACGGCAUCGCAAGCUCCACGGCAGGCGCCUGGACCACGAGGAGCGCACGCGCAAGAAGGCCGCCCGCGAGGGCCACAAGCAGAGCGAAAAUGCGCAGAAUCUGCGCGGCCUGCGGGCCAAGCUGUACGCCAAGCAGCGCCACGCCCAAAAAAUACAGAUGCGCAAGGCCAUCAAGCAGCACGAGGAGCGCAACGUCAAGGGCGCCCCCGCCGAGAAGGAGCCGUCCGAGGCCGUGCCCGCCUACCUGCUCGACCGCGCCAACCCGACCACGGCCAAGGCGCUGAGCUCGCAGAUCAAGAACAAGAGGGCCGAGAAGGCCGCCCGCUUCUCGGUGCCUAUCCCCAAGGUCCGCGGUAUCAGUGAGGAGGAGCUCUUCAAGGUGUACGUGAUGGGUCCUGUUGUGGAGUCUGCUGAGCGGGAGGUGGUGCUGACGCCGACUUUCGUUGGGCCUGACUUCACAAGACGGCCGGUUAAAUACGAACGUUUCAUCCGGCCCAUGGGUCUCCGGUACAAGAAGGCGAACGUCACACAUCCGACCCUCAAUGUCACCGUCCAGCUCCCUAUCUUGGGCGUCAAGAAGAACCCCAGCAAUCCUCUUUAUACCCAACUGGGUGUUCUAACCAAGGGUACAAUCAUCGAGGUCAACGUCUCCGAUCUAGGUAUCGUCACAGCCUCGGGCAAGAUUGCCUGGGGUCGCUACGCGCAAAUCACAAAUAACCCAGAGGUAUGCCUUUGCUGA